UCAUCUCUCUCCCUCUCGGUCUCGCGCUCUCAGCCCGUGCUCGCCGCACAGCGUCUGUACUCCUCCUCAAACCCCGGACCAAGCCUGCUGCGCACAUUCCUGAGGACACCGUCUGUCCUGCCGACGAGCCUUUCAUUCCUAAAAACCCCAAGAAGCUGUUGAAUAUCACCUGGACUCGCGCACUUUUUUAGCUACACAACUUUUUGCGACUUCCUUUUACAUUCCAAAGACUUUGACCUGGGACGGACAUCGAUUUUUUCUCUCCCAGUAAAUCAACGAGCAGUCAUUUUUUCUUUUUCGUUCCCUCGUCUUAAUUAAGCAGGAAGCUGUAGCAUAAAAGGUCUUUUGCACAACCCGAACUUAGUCUUAACUGUGUUUUAUAUAUUUUUCUACGCGUAGUAAGUUGAAAAAAAAGUCAAAUCAAAGCGAACAAUGGCAGGUAUGAACUCUCUGGAUGCUGUGAAGAGGAAGAUUCAGUGUUUGCAGCAGCAGGCCGACGACGCGGAGGACCGAGCCCAGGUCCUGCAGCGGGAGCUGGACAGUGAACGGGAGCUCCGAGAAAAAGCAGAGGGUGAUGUAGCAGGCCUGAACCGUAGGAUCCAGCUGGUGGAGGAGGAGUUGGACCGGGCCCAGGAGAGGCUGGCCACGGCGCUGCAGAAACUGGAGGAGGCAGAGAAGGCUGCAGACGAGAGCGAGAGAGGGAUGAAGGUGAUCGAGAACAGAGCAAUGAAGGACGAGGAGAAGAUGGAGAUUCAGGAGAUGCAGCUGAAGGAGGCCAAACACAUCGCAGAGGAGGCCGACCGGAAAUACGAGGAGGUGGCUCGUAAGCUGGUGAUCCUGGAGGGGGAGCUGGAGAGAGCCGAGGAGAGGGCGGAGCUCUCUGAAUGUAAAGCCAGCGACCUGGAGGAGGAGCUGAAAAAUGUGACCAACAACCUGAAGUCCUUAGAAGCCCAGUCCGAGAAGUAUUCUGAAAAGGAGGACAAGUACGAGGAGGAAAUCAAAGUUUUGACAGACAAACUGAAGGAGGCUGAAACCCGUGCCGAGUUUGCAGAGAGAACAGUGGCCAAACUGGAAAAGUCCAUUGACGACCUGGAAGAGAAACUAUCGCAUGCCAAAGAGGAGAAUCUGGGCAUGCACCAAGUCCUGGACCAGACCCUGCAGGAACUGAACAGCUUAUAAACCCACAGACACAAGCCGAGGAGGAUGCGAUCGUCAUUAACAUUCCAUUAAACGUUCGACUCCAUUCCGCA